AUGGAGCUCCAGAGAAAACAACUGAUUGGGUUUUUAAACCAAGGGAAAGGAUGUGAUUGGUCCCACUUGGCGUCAGCGUUGACAGUGGUGUUUGUCAACUCCAAGUCCCUGUCCUCCAUUAAGGUAGAUGACACAUCGGUGGUGUCACUCAAAGUCCUGGGCCUGAAGAUGAGCAUCUGCCCUCACGUCUCCCCAGCAGGUAUCCUGAGUGUUUCGGACCAGUGCCGUGGUCUCAGGGAACUAGCAUUGAACUUCCACCUGCUGAGCGAUGAGCUGCUAUUGGUCCUCUCCUCUUGUGAGGUCACCUGUAGAGGCUUCGUGGAUUUUGUGAAGAUGUGUGGGAAGAGAUUAACUCAGAUGUCCAUCAUGGAGGAGGUCCAGGUGCCUGAUGAUGAUUAUAGUGACAUAGAACAGAUACACACAGAGGUGUCCAAGCACCUGGGACGCAUGUGGUUCCCUCAGGAUCCCCCAGGUUACCCCAGGAUCCCCCAGGUUACCCCAGGAUCCCCCAGGUUCCCCAGGAUCCCCCAGGUUCCCCCAGGAUCCCCAGGUUCCCACACAAACUCCCAGGUUCUCAAGAUCGAAAGGGGUUCAGAGAUCUCUUGGAGAUGA